AUGUCGACAAUUACUUCACCUUUACCACCACAUCCUCCAUCAGCAAACUACGUCACACCGCCUCUAACGGUGAUCCUCACCGUAAUACUCCUCGUUUUCUUCUUCAUCGGUUUCUUCACACUUUAUUUCUGCAAGUGUUUCCUCGACACAUUAAUGCAAGCUUGGCGUCUCCACCAAGGAGGAGGAGAGCCCGAAGCAACCGAAAACACACUCCAACCACCAGAAGCUCCACCGGUCAAUCCCGGUCUCGAACUUCGAAUCAUAAACUCCUUUCCUACUUUUCCUUACUCUUCCGUUAAAGAUCUUCGGGAAGAGAAAUACGGCCUCGAAUGCGCCAUUUGUUUACUAGAAUUCGAUGGAGAUCACGUGCUACGUCUCUUGACCACGUGCUACCAUGUUUUCCACCAAGAGUGCAUCGAUCUCUGGUUCGAAUCUCACAAAACUUGUCCCGUUUGUCGCCAUGAUCUUGAUCCUCCACCACCGGAAAACAUCAACGUUAUUCUUCCCAACGUUGAUGAGAUGAUCAUUGAUGUGAUUCAAGAAACCAGCGACGAUGAUGAAGAAGACGAUCAUCAUCGUCGUUCUCAGACAACAACACAGAUUGAUACUUGGCCGUCUUCAGGACAAAACAGUUGUUUAAACAGUGAAAGAUCGAGAAAAGAACAAACACUGCCGGAUAAAUUCUCGAGGUCGCAUUCCACGGGGCAUUCAAUAGUGAGAAACAAACCAGAGGAAGAAGAUAAGUAUAGGUUGAGAUUACCGGAACAUGUCAAGAUUAAGGUUACAAGAGGGCAUAGCCAAACAGCGAGUUGUGUUACUUUUGGUGAUUUUGUUAGAAACAAAAGAUACGAUAAUCGCCGGUUUGGUGAAGUCUCUAAUCAAACGGUUGUUACACGAUCAGAAAACUGA